AUUGUUUUACAACAUUAUAAUAUAAUUCGCCAUUUUUGAAGAUAUAGUUAAAGGUGAAAGCUUUUUGUUGUUUCUUCCAUUAAUGGAGUUCAAGAAGAAUUUGGCCCGGCAGUUUCUAAGGGCAUGUAGGAUUGCUAACCCUAAUUUGACGGAUUGCCGGAUUUCUACGUCCCGGGUCGCCGUGAAGACCCGGAUCCCGCCGGGACCCGAGAGAAUCUCUCAUGAUAAGGCGUUAGAUGACGGCGUUUUCCGCCGCUUCAUGCACCGCCCCUCCGCGUAUGGAUCCGUCGGGGGGUUGCCGGCGCCGGCGCCGGCGUCGUUCGGCGGCGGAGAGAAGCUUCUGGAGAAACUCCGGGGGAUGGAUAUUUCCCGGGAUAGGAUCCGGCUGGAGGGUCUCAUCCCUCCGCCGGUGAAACCGGAAACGGAGCCGGAGUGUAAUAUGACGACGGUUGAGGCGAGGAAGCUCCUCCGGUUGUCGCAGCUUGAAAGGGUGAAAAUGAUUCUCCGGGGAAUCGAAAAGAAUCACAUUUCCUACUCGGAGUUCAUCGGGAUUUGCCGUGAUUCCUGUUCGGAUUCCGAUCAAGGCCUGGAAUUCGCGAAAACGUUGGACGAUUCCGGCGCCGUCAUCGUCCUUGGGAACGUCGUUUUCCUCAAACCUCAUCAGGUUAUAAAAGCCAUUGAAGGUCUAAUACCAAGGCCCAAAGCCCAGCCCGACGAAUCAAGAACGAAGGAGUUGGAGGAGAUGGAGACGCAAAUGGCAGCAAUAGAGAAGAGAGCAGAAUCCAUGGCGAGGAGAGAGCUUCGGGCCGGGCUGGGCUACCUGGUGGUUCAGACAGCGGUGUUAAUGAGGUUAACAUUCUGGGAGCUAACGUGGGACGUGAUGGAGCCCAUUUGUUUCUACAUUACAUCAAUCUACGCCAUGGGUGCCUAUGGGUUCUUCUUAAGAACGUCAAAAGAGCCGUCUUUUGAAGGGUUCUUUCAAUCCAGGGUUGAUGCGAAGAAGAAAGGGUUGAUUAGGGUUCACAGUUUCGAUGUUGAUAGGUAUAAUCAGCUCAAAAAGAGUUGUAAUCCUUACUCGCUGAUGAGUGUUUCGAAGUCUUCUGCUUCAUAGUUGUAUGGAUAUGGUGGGAGAAGUUACAUUUUAAGGAUUGUUAAUUAGGUAGAGGACAAAGGUAUGAAUUGACGCAAGAUAAUUAUCGUACCGAAAGUUUUGUUUUGGAAAAAAAAAAUUGUAUUAUUACUUCUUUUUUUUUCUUUUUUUUUUUUUUAUUUCUCCAUUAUUUGGUUUUCUUAGGUGAUUUUUUUUUUCUUUUUAGUCGGCUCUGUAUAAUAUUGGAGAGAUUUUUCAAUGACAUCAAAUUUUAAUGACA